CGUGUGAAUGGAUUUAAGACGCUUCGUGGUUUUCGUGCAGGGCUUCGUUUUAUUUGCACUUAGUUAGCAGAGUUUCCUCAAGUCGCCGGGCUUUAAAAACAGCUCCGUUCAACGUCUUACUUUUAAAUUCAGACUUUUUUGUUAACAGGUUAUUGUUUAAUUCACAUUGAGGUGGAGGCUAUCUGAUGGCGAAGAGCAAACCUUUGGUAUCAGAACCAAAAGGCAGUGGCCCCAAACGGAAAAAGCUGAAUUCAAAUGAGGAGGAAGUGAAAAAGAAAAGGAAAAAGUCUCAAGUAGAGGAGGCCCCAUUACAGAUUCCAGACAUAUCAAUAAAAAAACAAAAAAAACAUAUCAAUGAUAAGGAAAUGGACGAUAAACACAAAAAGAAGAAGAAGAAAAAGCAAAUAGAGAUUAUAGAGCCAACUGCUGACCUCGCCUUGACACAUGAGCAGCAGGAGGAAGAGGAGGAGGAGGGCGAGGAGGACCUGAGCCCAGAGGAGCAGCGGGCCCUGGAAAGAAAGAUGAAGAAGAUCCUGAAAAAGGAAGAAAAGAAGAGAGUUAAAGCCGAGGGGAAAAGCUCAGAGACAUCAGAAGAGUCCAAGCCUACUGCACCUCAGCAGGCCUUAGAUUAUUUGUCUUGCUGGGCUGAAAAACGCAAGGAGUGGAAGUUCCAGAAGACCAGGCAGACAUGGCUGCUGCAGCACAUGUUUGACUCUGACAAGAUUCCCGAUGAGAACUUCUCCGUGCUUCUCCAGUACCUGGAGGGGCUUCGCGGAGGGGCCCGGGACACCACAGUGCAGAAAGCCACAGCCCUGGUCAAGGAGCUGGAGCAAGAGCCCGGAGACAGAACCAGCCAGCAGAGGGCGCAAAGAGCCCGAGAAGUCAUCCAGCUGCUCACCUGACCCUCCACCAUCCAGGAAGCAGACAACUAUACCAGAAAAGGACUCUGCACCCUCUGUGUCAUUUUUAGCAUCAGACUAUAAAUCCCAUGUUGUUUUGCAUGCAUGGGUCCAAUGUGGAAUUUUUUUUUUUUUUUUUUUUUUUGAUAUUGCCUGAAAAUUCCUUUGUGCAUUUUCCACAGCUGAAUUUAUUUAAAUCAGUUUGUGCUGUGUUUUUUCCUUCCACGUCACAUUGCUCAGACGUGCAUUGUUGCUGGAUAUUGACCAAUCUGUACAGAAUUCAAAGCUCAAUGCAAACAUAACUACUUUUACAUGCAGUUGAACAAUGUGCAUCUAGAUGGACGCUAACAUGAUAAAAUGAGUCACUGUGACAUUUAGUCAAUUUAUUGUUAUUGUUUUAAAUGGCAUAUGUCCUGAGUAGUAUUGUGCAUCUGUAACAGUACUGUAAACAUGCAUUUGUCCAAACUCCAUAAACCUGUAAGUUACCAUUCUA